UCUAAUAUUUUGUUUAUUUAGAUGUUUGGUCAAAAGUGCAACGACGAACUCAAAUAUUGCAUCGUCGUAAACUCAAGUUUGUCAUCUUCUACUGGACUGCGGAGCUAGUCCAAGUUGCGCCAGCCGACAAUAUAAAGAAGUGAGUCAUUUGCCUUAUACGGUCAUUCGUAGGUGAUAUUUCACUUCGGGAUGGACGUGUUAGAAAUUUUCUCUUCGCCUGCCACUUGGGCUGUAACUGUCGGGUCUUGUCUGUAUUUUGCUUACAGGUAUGCCACGUCUACGUUUAAUUACUUUUCCGACCAAGGCAUUCCUGGCCCGAAACCAAUCCCUAUUUUCGGCAACAUGUGGGGCGUCUGGAGAGCGAAUCUUCCUGCUUAUGAUAUGGCAUUGGUGAAAAAGCAUGGCAAAGUUUUCGGGUAUUUCGACGGACCUGUACCGAAUCUUUGGGUUACAGAUGUAGACCUGAUCAAAGCCAUGUACGUCAAAGACUUCGAUCACUUUGUCGAUCGCAGGUCAUUUGAAUUCAAAACCAAAGUCAUGCGCAAAUGGCUGACGCUAAUGAAGGGUCAAGAAUGGAAAGAUAUUCGUUCGUCCAUUACCCCAGCUUUCACCAGUGGCAAAAUUAAACGGAUGUCCGGACUUAUCAAAGAUUGCGUCGCCAAGUUGUGUGAUCGUCUAACGACUUUUACGGAGACCGAAGGGAAAAUUGACGCAAAGCUGACUUUUAGUGCCUUUACCAUGGAUGUGAUUGCAAGAUGUGCGUUUGGCAUAAAAAUCGACAGCCUGGGGAACAAAGACGACCCUUUUAUUAAAAAUGCACAGUUUAUUUUUAAUCCCCCGACCAACAAAUCACCUGUCAUUCUGCUGCCGUUUAUGUAUCCAGAUUUGUUUUCUAUGUUUGGGGGAUUUACAGAGAGAUUGUUUGUUACCAAGGAAUUGAAAUUCUUUUUCAAAUUAUUAGAAGAUGUACUUGCUGACCGGUUGCAAUCAAAACAGCAAUAUCACGACUUUAUUGAAGUGGCCGAUGAGGCUAUCUCCGCGUUUACGAAGGUAGUUGAUGGUAAAACAGUUCCCAUGUGGUCACGAGAAAUCAUAGACGAGAUUAUAAUGGGUCAAUCGUCGCUUUUCAUGCUGGCAGGUUUUGACACAACAGCUACAACACUGACAAACACUUGCUUUCAACUGGCCAAGAAUCCCGAUGUUCAGGAGGCAUUGUACGAGAGCAUUAUUGCUAAAAUGGAAGAUAAUGAUGACGUGUCCCAUGAGAUGGUCCAAGAUAUGCCGUAUCUCGAAAUGGUAAUCCAAGAAGUGUUGCGCUUCUAUCCACCUCUUGUACGUAUUGAGCGCCAGUGCACCAAGGACUAUUCUUACGACAAUGGCCGCAUCAAGAUCAAAAAGGGACAGAUUGUUACCGUGCCAACGUAUGCUCUGCACCACAUGGAAGAAUACUACCCCGACCCGGAAAAAUUUGACCCCGAUAGGUGGACACCAGAAAACAAAGCCAAACGUAGCCCAUACACUUACAUGGCGUUUGGAACAGGUCCUCGUAACUGUGUCGGUAUGCGCUUUGCCAUGGAAGAACUCAAAAUAGCAGUCUGCACCAUGGUCCAGAAAUUUCGCUUCUUUCCUGUUGCAGAAACCCCUGAUAAGCUGCAUUUUGAUGAUGGAUUUGUUUCAGUUCUGCAACCGAUUCACGCAAUAGUGGGUGUCGAAUUCCGCGGCAACUCCAGUUAA